AUGGCGGGUUACAAAUCAACCGUAUCGGCAGCGGAAUACAACGACUCAAUCAAGCAACCGAAGUCAACGUGGGUCGCAACUUACAAAAUUUUGACACCAAAUACAGCUUUGUUUGAGGUGAUGACACCGCCAGAUAUUCCUGUUGGGAUCUGGGAAAUGUCUGUUCAAUAUGCGGAUGCAUCAGUUCUCUGCUGCAACACCCUGUGCAUAUUGUUCAACCCAUGGAACGAAGGUGACGAAACGUUUUAUCCGGAUAAAUCCGAUUUGGAGGAAUAUGUCUUGAACGAGUUGGCUAUAAUACCGAAGUGGCACCGAAAAGAUGCUUGGCUUUUGGACCAGUUUAGUGCCGUCUGCUUGCAAUCCGUCUUAAUUCUGUUGUCUCUUAGUCAGAAGGAUCAGUCACUGAAAGCAGAUCAGUUGGGAUCCGCUUUUGCCGUCGUUAAAGCACUUGCUACGGCUAUAAGCAAAUAUGUGUUGGAAACGCGGUGGAAUGAGCUUGAACAGGACACGCUAAAAACGAAAUAUGACAAUUUGGAAAAUUCGUGGACUGGUAGCAAGGAGAUUUUGGUAGCUCACGGAAAAACGGGCAUACGCAUUGGUUACGGACAUUCCUGGUGCUACGCUGGUCUACUAACGUCCUUGUGUCGCUGUAUCGGUGUGCCGUGUCGAAUGGUAACAAUUUAUAAUUUUGCGCCGGAUGUGGAUGAGGAUAUGCUUGUGAAGCUUGACCUCUUCGAUGACAUGCUUGCCGAAAGGAGUAAAGAUAUCGUAUGUUGUCCUCCUGUGCUUAUAAUUAGUGAUAAUUAG